UAUAUAACCAUGUCUUUCUAAUGCAGCCAAACUGAAGAAAAUGCUUUGUCUGAUAUGGAACUUCUAAGGCUAGCAGCUGCAGUAGAAUCGAAUUCCAUACAUCCAGUUGGGAAAGCGAUUGUGGAUGCUGCUGUGGCUGUUAAUUGUCAUAAUGCUAAGGUAAUAGAUGGAACAUUCCUGGAAGAACCUGGGUCUGGUGCAGUGGCAACAAUUGAUAACAAAAAGGUUUCUGUUGGUACAUUGGAAUGGAUCACCAGGCAUGGAGUUAUUGACAGUUUAGAUCAAGAAGUGGAGAAAUGUAAUAAUCAAUCCUUUGUCUAUGUUGGAAUUGACGAUACUUUAGCUGGCCUAAUUUAUUUUCAAGAUGAGAUAAGGGAAGAUGCAAGAGACGUUGUUGACAGAUUGUCAAAGCAAAAUCUUGAUAUAUACAUGCUAUCAGGAGACAAGAGGAAUGCUGCUGAGCAUGUUGCUUCUCUUGUUGGAAUUCCCAAAGAUAAGGUGCUAUCUGAAGUGAAACCAGAUGAGAAAAAGAAGUUCAUAAAUGAACUACAGAAAGAUAAGAACAUUGUUGCUAUGGUUGGUGAUGGAAUUAACGAUGCAGCUGCCCUGGCUUCUUCACAUGUUGGUAUUGCAUUAGGUGGAGGUGUCGGGGCUGCUAGUGAGGUGUCUUCUAUUGUAUUAAUGCGCAACCAGCUGUCACAGGUACUUGAUGCCUUGGAGCUUAGUAGGCUGACCAUGAAUACUGUAAAGCAGAAUCUUUGGUGGGCUUUCGUCUACAACAUUGUAGGAAUUCCAAUUGCAGCUGGAGUGUUAUUUCCCAUAAAUGGAACUAUUCUGACUCCAUCAAUUGCAGGGGCUCUCAUGGGGCUGAGUUCCAUUGGUGUAAUGACCAACUCGAUACUUUUGAGAUUCAAAUUUUCCUCAAAGCAGAAACAAAUAUAUAGUACAUCGCCAAAUACCAAAAUCCAUGUAGAUGCUGAUCUGGCACAACAAAACCGGAAAACAAGCCGACCAUACUAGAUGUUGGAUACACGCAGGCACAAAGUAGAACAGCGGACUCUCCUGACGUCAGCUCGGUGUGUAUACUGCUAACCUUUGAUUUAUGGGUGCGCGAUCGUCCUCGGAUGAAAGGAAAUCGGUUUACAGGAAAAUUCGGAUGCAAUGAAUUGAAAGAUUCACACCUUCAGGAAACGGCGAAAACUAAUAAAGCAAUUUAUGUAAUAUGAAAAAGAAUAAAUUGCACCAAUCAUUUUACUGGGUGGUACUUCUAUUUGAUUCUCAUAAGUUUCUCUCUUUA